UAUUGCUGUUGUUUGUAUAAAAAAAUGGGAAUUUUCGAAUAAAUGGCCUCUACUAUUCAGUCACUUUUACGUUUACGUUUCUACGCGAAACUCUUUCAAUCACCAUCACAAUUCGCAUGAAAAUUUAACCAGAACAACUUGAUUUUUUUUUAAACUUCAUCGUCGUUGUCAACAGAUCAAUGUCACGUUCGCUCUGAUAAAUUCGGGAUAUUUUUGUGCGUUUGAAAUCGGGCUAAAUACUCGCCAAAACAAAGGUGGAAAAAUACGAUGGCCGGAGAGGAUUGUGUAACUGUUGAGAAUAUCGGGGACACGUUGAAGACGACCUCGUCUAGGAGGCUUUGGGGCAUUCUGAUGAACCAAAAUCCCAGUGUUGAAAAUAACGUGAGGGGAAGACCGUGCGAAAUAUGCGACAAAUUGUGGAAUGCUAUCACGAAAUUGUUCAGUCGAACUUAAAAUCUGUCUUGUAAAAUUUGGUCUCGAAUAAAUAUGAAAUUAGCGAGU